AUGUCUGGCCGCGGAAAGGGUGGAAAGGGUCUCGGAAAGGGAGGCGCCAAGCGUCACCGCAAGAUCUUGCGUGACAACAUUCAAGGCAUUACCAAGCCUGCUAUUCGCCGUCUUGCUCGCCGUGGUGGUGUCAAGCGUAUCUCUGGUCUUAUCUACGAGGAAACUCGUGGCGUACUCAAGAUUUUCCUUGAGAACGUCAUCCGUGACUCCGUCACAUACACCGAGCAUGCCAAGCGCAAGACCGUUACGGCCUUGGACGUUGUCUAUGCUCUCAAGCGCUCAGGUCGCACUCUCUAUGGUUUCGGCGCGUAA